AGCAGUUCCACACCCUCACUCCAUCCGACACACCGGACCGGCGGUCUCCCGAAUUCUGCCUGACCCCGGGCAUUAGCGGUGCCUCCCGGCUGACACUCGGCCUCCCCCGCGCCCGGGUCCUGCUCCGGGGCGGGGGGGCUCAGCCGGCAGGGCCGAGGCUCGAAGCCCCUCCCGGCAGCGCCGCUGCUGCGGCGGCCCAGGGGCGGAGGCAGCUCGCCCGUCCAACCAGCGCCGGGCAGAUCGCCGCUGCCUUGCCUUCUCUCUCCCUUCCCCGGCCAGGACAAGCCGCCACAAAGAGCUGGGGUUCAAAUGAGGCUGCCGCGGGCCGCGUGAGGGGACGGGCGGGAGCGCCGAGCGCCCCGCGGGAAGGUCCCGGUUCGGACGCGGGGCUCAGCCUGGGCGGCCGAGCCCACAACGGUCCUGAGCAAGCAGAACAGAGAAAAAGAGAAGAACUGCGCCGCUUCCCCCAGAUUUUAAGAAGUUCUUUGCAGAAGAAUAUUUGACCAGAACUAGAGGAUCAUGAUGACAAGAUUCAUCUGUUUAAUGCUAGUAACUGCUGUGGGAGUUACUACAAGUAAAGCACAGGAAUUUGAAGGCAAUGACAAGGAAACAGAUCAAGAAUUCAUUUACAUGAACAGAUAUAAGCGUUCCAGUGAUACGCAGGACAAAUGCACUUACACCUUUAUCGUACCUCAGCAGAGAGUGACAGGUGCCAUUUGUGUUAAUUCUAAGGAGCCUGAAGUUCUACUUGAAAACAGGGUAAAUAAACAAGAAUUACAGUUACUUAACAAUGAACUACUUAAACAAAAGAGACAAAUAGAAACUCUCCAGCAACUGGUAGAGGUGGACGGUGGAAUUGUUAAUGAAGUUAAACUCUUAAGAAAAGAGAGCAGAAACAUGAAUUCUCGUGUCACACAACUCUACAUGCAGCUACUACAUGAAAUUAUCCGAAAACGUGAUAACGCCUUAGAACUUUCUCAACUUGAAAAUAAGAUUUUGAACCAAACUGCAGAUAUGUUGCAGCUUGCAAGCAAAUACAAAGACUUAGAGCACAAGUACCAACAUUUGAUGUCAAUUGCCAAUAAUCAGUCAAUGAUAAUUGCCCAGCUGGAAGAACACUGUCAAAGAAUGCCAUCCAUAAAGCCACUGCCACAAACUCCACAACCACCACAUAAAGUGUAUCAGCCUCCUACUUACAAUCGCAUUAAUAACCAGAUAUCUACUAAUGAGAUUCAAAGUGAUCAGAACUUAAAGGUUCUGCCACCUACCUUACCAACCAUGCCUGCAGUUACUAGUAUUCCAACUUCAACUGAUAAACCAUCUGGGCCCUGGAGAGACUGUCUACAAGCAUUAGAAGAUGGCCAUGACACAAGCUCCAUCUAUCUUGUGAAACCAGAGAACACAAACCAGCUGAUGCAGGUCUGGUGUGACCAACGGCACGACCCUGGGGGCUGGACAGUCAUUCAAAGGCGGCUGGAUGGCUCUGUCAACUUUUUCAGGAACUGGGAGACAUACAAGCAAGGAUUUGGUAAUAUAGAUGGAGAAUAUUGGCUCGGAUUAGAAAACAUUUAUUGGUUAACAAAUCAAGGCAACUACAAACUGCUCAUAACAAUGGAGGACUGGUCAGGUCGGAAGGUGUUUGCUGAGUAUGCCAGCUUCAGGCUGGAGCCUGAGAGUGAGUACUACAAGCUGAGGCUGGGCCGUUACAACGGCAACGCAGGCGAUUCCUUCACUUGGCACAAUGGCAAACAGUUCACCACGCUGGACAGGGACCAUGACGUGUACACAGGUAACUGUGCCCAUUACCAGAAGGGAGGAUGGUGGUACAAUGCAUGUGCUCACUCCAAUCUCAAUGGAGUCUGGUACCGGGGAGGGCACUACCGCAGCCGAUACCAGGAUGGCGUUUACUGGGCUGAAUUCCGGGGGGGGUCAUACUCACUAAAGAAAGUUGUUAUGAUGAUAAGACCUAACCCUAACACAUUUCACUGAAAUAACUCUUCUCUUGGUUUGCUUUCUUGUUCUAAAAAAAUCACAUAAAGAUAUGAUAUAACCUGGAAUGAUCUUUUCAGAAAUGAGGAAUGUAAGAUAUUGUACAUUUAUUGAUAAGAUAUGAGGGCUUGUAUAGUGUAUUUUCAAGAAUAAUCCCAGGAAAAAAAAAGCUGAAGAAACAAAAAAAGGAAUUGCCGUAGUGUUCAGAACACCAGUACAACUGGUACUAUUAGAACUGGCAGUUAGAUGAACUGUAGAUAAGCUUCCUGGUUUUUAUUCCCUGUAAAUUAAUUUUGGAUGGUAAAAAUACUGCCACAACAUUUAAAUAUUUUUGUAUGUUAUGUAUAAAUAUUCUCAAAUACAGGAAAUAUUACAAACUGUACAGCAAGAGUUUUUUUAUUAUUAUUAUUAUGAGCAAUCAUUUGACACAGGAAAUCAUAUCCUUUGAACUGUGUAGCUGGUAUAUGUACAUUAGUGUGAUUAUUAUGGUGUAAUCUUUGUUAACUGCCAUGAAUAAAGUCAGUACUAUAUAAUUCUGUUUUGAGAGCAGACAGCCAAACCAGUACUGUCACGAUAAAUCCAGUCUUUCCCCUUCACUUUGAUCAUUUCAAUAAUCUGCUCCUACAAAGUGGAAUUCACCACUGAUUCAAGUCGUUUAGAUUAAAAACACUAAUGAUUUUUCCUACCAAAAUGAAGUAGCUACUUGCAUAUGGAAAUUAAUCCAGAUUUACAACAAGUAUUAUGUGCUAUAUAGCCAACAUGUUAUACACAACUCACAGUAUUUUGUACCUGACUUCAGUCAUUACCUGUUGUGUAGCCUCUGUACUCAGAAAUGGCUAGAUAUAAAUUAAAGGGACUAUCCAACUUUGCAGGCAAAUGAUGGAUACCAGUUUAUAAUCUAUUUAGUAUCCUUAGCCUAGAGAUGAAAAUUAUAUAAAAAAGUUAUCUGUAGCCAAGAGAAGUUAUUUUUAACAUAUUUCACAAAUAUAACAUAUUACUGUCAAAUUAUUAAAUAGAUUUACUCAUCUAUAUUUAGAGGCAGUCACACUUAAGAAAUACAUACUGGGAUAAUUCUAACAUUCUUCUGAGGUAGGUUUCUAGAACAGAUAGUUAACACACCCAGUUCAAAACAGCAACUACUGCAAAACAAAAGUUAAAGAAUGCAUAAAAGAGGCAGAGUAAAAGCCUCUAGAAGUUCAAUAUUUUUCACUAAGCCUGUAAGACACUUACUGUGUGUUUAUGUGUGUGUGCUUGCAUACUUUCCCCUCGUUACCUCCUCCCUUCUUUACCACAGUAUGAUGUGCGAUGUAGCAUGUGUUGUAUAUAACUGAAAGUAGGUUUUUUAAUAUAUUAGAUUACCCGUCAUAUUGUAAUUCUUUAAUAAAGCAACAAAUGUUAUUUUGACA